AUGAUCUUCUCAAAAUCAACUGCCGUCGCCUACCUCAUGCUUGUCGUCGGAGUCGCUGCAUUCGACCACGAUGCGAAUCCACCGGCGUUCGAUGAGCCACUGAACCUAAAACCUCCAAGCGACUUCGACAGCUGGAAAUUGAAGCCAGACAACGAAACUACCACAAUCACCCCACAAAGCCGCUUGACGAACUUCGAGAUUAUCUGCUGCUUUCUGACCUUUGCUUUCAUCGUUUUCCUCUUUGUAUUGGCUUGUCACUGGAACGAAUACAUCAUCAAGAAGAGAAUAAUACGCAGCAGACACCGUCGCCUCGCAUACCUCGCUCAGCUCGAAAAAGCGAAAGCCGUUCCUGCCCCAAAAGUUGAAGAUGUUUAA